AUGUCUGCCACACACAGUGAUCAGGCUCUCGCCCAGGAGCAAUUCGGCUCCGAAUACAAAUCGUCAAACGUGGAGGCUGCCCAAGAGCUGUCGGACUACCGAGCAGAGGAUCCAUAUGCACCUCGGCAAAUACGAGGUUUCAAGUGGUUCCUCGUUGUCCUGAGUAUUCUGUCCAGCAUCUUUUUGUAUGCCCUCGACAACACGAUCGUCGCCGAUAUCAUCCCGGCUAUUGUCGAUGACUUUUCUUCCGUCGACAAUUUGGGAUGGCUUACAGUCGGUUUCAACAUUGGCGGAGUGGCCGUGAUCAUGCCUCUUGGGAAGCUUUACGGCUUGUUUAACGCGAAGUGGCUCUAUAUUGGAUCGACCACAAUCUUCUUGGCUGCCUCCGCCCUUUGCGGUGCUUCUCCCGACGUUAAUGGCGAGAUCGUCGGUCGCGUCUUCGCCGGCGCGGGCGGCAUUGGAAUCUACAUUGGCGUGAUGAUUCUCCUCUCGGUGAAUACCAGUAAUCAGGAGCGCCCGAUGUAUCUCAGUUUGGUUGGCUUGGUCUGGGGAAUAGGCACAGUCCUUGGCCCCGUCGUCGGCGGUGCCUUCGAGAAGGUCACUUGGCGCUGGGCAUUUUACAUCAACCUGGUGAUCGGGGGUGUCCUUUGCCCCAUUUGGUUUUUCCUGCUCCCGAGCGUCCACCCAGCCAAGCACUUGUCGCUGGGCCAAAGAUUUCGGCAAUUCGAUUCUGUUGGCGCAAUCCUAAGCAUCGGUGCAGUUGUUGCAACUAUGAUGCCCAUCAACUUUGGUGGCGUGCUUUACGCAUGGAACAGUGGGCAGAUUAUUGCACUCUUCGUCAUUGCCGGUGUUCUUUGGAUCCUCUUCGCCAUCCAGCAGUCUUGGACUCUCCUCACAGGACCGAUUGACCGAAUGUUCCCUGUCCAAUUCCUUCGAAACAAGGAAGCGCUCCUUCUUUUCAUAUUGGCUGCUGCGUGUAACGCCUCUAUAUUUGUUCCGAUUUACUAUAUCCCGAUCUACUUCCAGUUUACACGAGGGGAUAGCGCUCUUGAUUCUGCAGUUCGGCUUCUUCCUCUCAUUUUCCUGCUUUGUGGCAUGAUUUUAUCAAGUGGAUAUCUCAUGUCCCGUUGGGGCUAUUAUAUGCCCUGGUACACCAUUGGAGCUGCAGUGGCUAUGAUCGGCAAUGUUUUCCUCGCGCGGAUCGAUGCCGGAACUUCGCCUUCGUACGUUUACGGAUUUGAAGCCAUGCUGGGCCUCGGCGGUGGUGCAUUUGUCCAAGCAGGCUACGCCGUCAUCCAAACUGUGGUUCCGCCAGAGGACCUUGGCUACGCUGUCAGCUUUAUGAUGAUUGCCCAAAUUGGAGGCAUUGCUCUUGGCCUUUCAUGCGCUAGUGCCGUCUUUGUCAACGGCGCCACUCUCGAUCUGCAGAACCUCCUUCCCAACACGCCAACCGACGCGCUUCAGUCUGCUAUCACGGGUACUAGCAGUGCGGUUCUCCAGAAACUAUCACCAGAAUUGCGGGAAACUGCACUUAACCUCAUCAUUUCCAAUAUGAGUAAGACCUUUAUCUUCGCGUAUGUUGGAUCGGCAGUUGCUCUGAUUGGAUCCCUUGGUCUAUCGAGGAAACGCGUCUUCGUUCCUACUGGAGCUGGUGCUUGA